CUAUUGAUGUCAGGAGGAAGUCGUCCCGAUGACCGCUCAUAGAGGCGAGCUCGAUCGGCGCAGAUCGACUCGAUCAUCGAUCCGUGAAAAGACUCCGAGGCUUUUUAAAUUCGAUCUCCUGGUUCUGCUCGUCGUCGGCAUCUCCUCGAUCGCGAUCUCUUCAGCUUCCAAUCCGUCGAUCAGAUGCACCGCUCGUAGACUGAUCAAGAGCCAAGUACCCUGUGAAUUCGAUGAUGAGUGUCCGGAGCAUGCAUUCUGCUGCAGGGACAGCGAAAAGUGUCUCUGCAAAGAGGGAUUCCUCUUCGACAGGAAUCGCACCCACGUGCAGUGUCUUCAAGUCGCCAAGGCUCUAGGAGAUCCCUGUGUGAAAGAUGUUCAGUGUCGAGUCACCUUCGCAGCCCAGGCAGAGUGUAGAGACAAUACCUGUCAAUGCUCUCUCGGGUCCCACUUUAUCCAUGGAAGAUGUUAUAAAUCUCUUGGUCUCGGAGAGUUUUGCCAGACUUCUUUUAACUGCAGAGUGGACAACACCGAUGCCUUCUGCGUCUCCGGAGUCUGUGCCUGUCCACUUCGGCACCAUCGAAGCUCGGAUGGAACCAGAUGCAUUAAAAAUGCCCUCCUUGAUGAGCGGUGCACGAAUGACGAAGAGUGCAUCGUCGAUGACUCCAGAUGUCUCGAUGUUUGUGGCUGCAAAGUGGAUUACGUGACUUCAAGCGAUGGGAAGAGAUGUCUGAAGGCUGCCGAUGCAGUUGGGGAGCCUUGCGAAGAAGACACCCAGUGUCAACAAUUCAUUUCGAAUUCUAUUUGCUUCGAUGGAGGAUGCACCUGCGCCAGAGGUUAUCAUCGUCGUGCAGGCACCUGCUUGAGAAGCGUUGGACUGAAUCAACCUUGCGAAAGCUCUGGAGAAUGCGUUACUAAAACUAACCUAGGUUAUGAAUCGUCGACUGGAUACGAAUGGUCCAACGUGGAUUGCGUUGAUGGAACCUGCAAAUGUGCCGAAGAGUAUACAAUCACAGAGGACCUCCUGGAUUGCGUUCGCUACAGUGAAAGUGACGCUACGAUUUGUCGACCAUUCAGUUGGAUCUUGCCAAUUAUUUUAUUAUCGUUCCUGUUGAUGAGCUAGUUAUCCACCAAAAUGAACGUAUCUGUACGUACUCAUACGUAUUCACCUAGAACGCUACGUCACCAAGGCAUGCAGCACCGAAGAGCACGUUUAAUAAUUUUCCAUGUCGAUACUUUUAUGGUACAAAAUUGCUCUACAGUUUCUAAUAGAUAUUAUAUGACUGCAGAGUAAUACGUUCCAGUACAAAAGUAGAUUACAGGCAUAACGAUGCAGUUCGAGGUAUACCAGAGUGGAAAUGAUAAAUAUUCAAUGUGCCAUUCCUUCAUAAAUGUAUUUAAUAUAUAUCCUUCUACGUGCUCCAGCGAUCGUCCAGCAUAGACUCACUCAAUGGAAAUCGUUUCCUUCCUUUAAUAUAUAGAGUAUUUGAUAUUGCCACUCUGUACGUACCGUUAGAACGUAAAGAGCACUCGAUGUACCUUUACUGUAACAGGCUAUUAAACUGCAAACUAAUGAAA